AUGAUUCUUAGGCUCCAGCGCCUCGGCCUCCUGACCCUAUUAGGUCUCUGCCUCACUUCUCUUUGUACCACCGACGCCGUCGAAAUCCCCUCGGAUGCGUCGGCGUCUUCCUUGAUUGCGUCUGGAAAGGCUGCCCGAGCCCGCGGGGCCAACAGCGACGCCCUCGUCUACUUCGAUGCGGCCAUCUCCAAAGACUCCUCCGACUACCUCUCUCUUUUCCAACGCGGCAUUACCUACCUGUCCUUGGGACGGAAUGCGCAGGCCAGCGCAGACUUUGACCAUGUAUUACAAUUAAAACCCGGCUUUGAGGGGGCGCUGUUGCAGAGAGCGAAGAUCAGAGCGAAGAAUGCAGAUUGGGCUGCGGCCAAGGCGGAUUACAGGGCGUUGGGAGAGAGAGGUCUGGCGGAUCUGAUACAACUGGAGGAAGCCGAAGGUGCCGCGUACCUUGCGGCCGAGGCAGAGAAGAGGCAAGAUUGGGAGACGUGCAUCAAUCAAGCCGGGAUAGCUAUCAUGACUGCGGGCACGGCCCUCUCUCUGCGGCAGCUGCGUGCACGAUGCCGACUCGAGCGUGGUGAAGUGCAGGAGGCACUCAGCGAUCUGCAGCAUGUCCUGCAGAUUCACCCGGGUCAAGUGGAACCCCAUCUGCAAAUAUCGGCCAUGUUGUUCUACAGCCUGGGAGAUACGAAGCUGGGGCUGGACCAGGUCAAGAAAUGCUUGCAUUCCGAUCCGGACUCGAAGCCGUGCAAGAAGCUCUUCCGAGAAGAAAAGACCAUCUUGAAGCAAGUCGAUGAGGUACAGGCCCUGAUUGAAAAGAAGCAGUUCAACUCGGCGGCCAAGUUGUUGGUCGGCAAGGGCACUGAAGAUGAGACUGGUCUACUGUCGGACCUCAAGACCAAUAUUGAGUCGCACCGUUCUACGCGGAAUAUUCAUCCCAAAGCACCUUCCAACCUGUACACCAGCAUGCUUGAGAGGACUUGCGAGGCCUACAUGUCGAUGAACAACCUCGCCAAGGCCGGCAAAUACUGCCCCGAGGUGCUCCGCAUCGACUCGAAUUCCCUCCAGGGCCUUCUGUACCAAGCACAAAAACAGAUGGACGCCGAGGAGUACGAUGCGGCCAUCGCCACGCUCAACACAGCGAGAGACAAUCACCCCGAAAGCCAAAACACCAUCAACUCCAAGCUGCAUGAAGCGCAAGUAGCCCUGAAGCGGAGCAAGACAAAGGACUACUACAAGAUCCUGGGAGUGUCUCGCGACGCUGACGAAGCGACGAUCAAGAAGGCCUAUCGCACGGCGACAAAGACCUAUCAUCCCGACAAGGCUGCUGCCAAAGGGAUUUCGAAGGAGGAAGCCGAGAAGAAAAUGACGGCUGUCAACGAGGCAUACGAAGUGCUCAGCGAUCCCGAGCUGAAAGCCAAGUUCGACAACGGGGAAGACCCGAAUGAUCCCAUGGCCCGACAAGGAGGAAAUCCCUUCCAGGGGAGUCCCUUCGGCCCCGGCGGCCAGCAGUUCUUCUUCCAGCAAGGCGGAGGUGGACAACGACAGUUCAAGUUCUCGACUGGCGGGAACCCGUUUGGAGGGUUCCCUUUCGGAUAG